CAUCACUCAUCCUUUAGGGACGUAUUUGGAAAGUGGGUGGCCCGGAGGGGAAGUUGGGGGAUGAUGGGCUCAGAUUGACCCCCCACUGAACUGCGAGAAAAGGGAGGAAACGGAGGGGUGGAGAGAAGGAGGAAAAUGAGAGGGAGUGUGAAAGAAAGAGGCUGGAUGGACCUUCUGACAAGGGUGUUUAGUUAUGAAAACAAAAGUAUUGUAACAGAUGGCACCCUGGAAACCUCUUAACAGCGGAUUGGAACGAGCUGGUGCAGCUUAUCGGAGUCAACGGAUGACUUUAGACACAUACACACACACACACACACACACUCUGAGCGCUGCUGGGGGGAUAUAUAAGAUCUCACUAGGAGGGUCAAACACCCGCUAAAUUUCUGCUUUGGAGUCUGGAUCUCUCAACAAACAUCCUACCAGUCGUUUGAGUGCCAGCUCUUUUGGGUGAAGCUUGUUUUUCCUCCAAGCUCACGCAGAAACUUCUUCAAAGACCAACUGGGGAGGUUCUGGAGAUGGGAAAAUAAACCAGCUCCGAGGACGAGGUGGAUGCAGACCUGUGGAGAUCGAGAAACGAAUUUUGGCAGGAUCUGAUAACGUUGGAACUCGCAAGGACUGCUUUUCGACCAGAACACUUGUCAAGCUCUAGCACGCCUGAACUUCUGCAAGGAUUACAAACCGUUUUUAACCAGAGGUUUUGGCAAGAUCUAAUACAUUUGAACAUCUGCAAGGACUACAAACCAUUUUCUUACAGAAAUUCUAACGAUUUCUAAUACAUGUGUACUUCUGCAAGGACUACAAACCGUAUUUUUCCAGAAAUGUAAGCAAGUUAUAAUGAUAUUUAAUUGAAACCUUUCUUGCAAGGACUACAAAACAUUUUAGUAAGUUCUAAUGCAUUUGAAUUUCUACAAGGAUUACAAACCAUUUUUCACCAGAUAUCUUGGCAAGAUCUAAUAGAUUUGAAGCUCUGCAAAUAUUACGAGCCAUUUUUCACUAGAAAUUUUGGCAAUUUCUAAUACAUCUGUGCUUUUACAAGGACUGCAAGCCAUUUUCUUGUCGAACUUUUGAUGAGAUCUAAUACAUGUGAACAAUUUUUGAAAUUGCAGCAAGAUCUAAUCCAUCCGAUCUUCUCAUCCAAGAACAACAAUAACUGUGUCUGACCAGAAAUGGAAACCUCAAAACCUCUGGGAAUGUUUAACGACAACGUGUCCAUCGUAGAUCUUGACAGCGCCGCGAUAAACAACGUCUACAUCCGGCAGGACUUCGACGCGUUCAGCGUCACCAUGGCCGUCUUGUACCUGGCCGUGUGCAUUGUGGGAUUGGCCGGGAACUCGCUGGUCAUCGUCACCAUCCUGAAACUGGACAAAAUGUCUUCGGCGACCACCGUCUACAUUUUCAACUUGGCUCUGGCGGAUGGACUCUUCAUGGUGGGGCUCCCGUUCAUCGCCAUCCAAAACUUCCAGGACCAGUGGAUCUUCGGAGACGCCGUUUGCAAGCUGGUUAUGGUCCUGGAUGGCAUCAACCAGUUCACAAGCGUCUUCUGCUUAACGGUGAUGAGUGUCGAUCGUUAUAUGGCUCUGGUAGACCCGUUGCGCUUCGCUCGCUGGCGGACACCAAAACGGGCGAAGAUCAUCGCUGCAUUAAUGUGGUUCAUCUCUCUGUUUCCGGUGAUUCCAAUGGCUAUUCACUUUUCUGCCAACUACGGUUUGUGCACGGUCGACCCUCACAUCGCAUCCGACGCCUGGUGGUUGGCUUUUCUUAGCUACACGUUCGUUCUGGGCUUCGCCUUGCCGUUCACCGUAAUGAUUGUGUUUUACACAGCACUUCUAGUGACUUUGAGAAGCUCCAGGCAGCAGAUGUCUUCAGUGGAAAGUCACAGGUUUGAGAAACAGGUUACUAAGAUGGUAGUGGCGGUCGUUUCGGUGUUCGGGAUCUGCUGGCUGCCGUUCUACGUCUUCAACUUUUGUUCUCUGCAACAAAUAGACCUGGUACUCGAUUUCACGCGUGGCUUCGAGUUUGUGGUGCUGCUGUCGUAUUCGUGGAGCUGCGCCAAUCCGAUACUCUAUGCAUGUUUGUCGGAAACCUUUCGAAGGCAUUUCCACGCCCUCCUUUGCCCUCAAAAGAGCUCGCGGACACACUGCGACAGAGACACUGAGGGAUUCGUUUUGCAUGACACCAACGUGCAAAGCAUGCUAGCUUAGUACAUCUAAACAUUCACAAGAGUUUGUGUUGCUACGCGUUCCCGCUUUGUAAACAGACCAUUUUUGUUUGCCACAUUUUUGAAGCACAGUUUCCGAGACUGCAUUCGAUUCUGUGCAAUAGAGAGAAAGACACGAGCAGACCGAGGCGUGAUAAGCGCUGAGUGGAAGUCGAUAACUCACACUUUGCUGCAGAAAUGUUAUUUCACCGCAAAAGCAAAGUUGCUCGGUUUCCGAGCAAAGGAAGGACCGUGUUGUAAGGAUGAUUAUGCAAUUUCUGCCCUCCUGUACAAGUGCUGUCAAACUGAUUGUGGACUUCGGGAUGAUGUCAUGGUUGUCAUGGCAUCCGGCUUGAACCAAAUAUUUGAGGAUUUUUGUGUGACUGUUACUGAAUGACACAUGAAAAAGGAAUGUGGCUGUGGAUUUGUUUGAAAACAGACGAUAAAUAGCCAACGUUAAUGGCCAACAUUUGUUUAAAUAACCAUGUGUUAUUAUAUAAUCUACACAGGGUAAUGUAUAUUACGAUUUUUUAAUAUAUGUUUUUGUAAUAUAUAUUUUACUACUUUGGGGCGGGGCUCUUUUGCUAUAAAGUAAUUAUAACGUGUAACUUUAACAAUAUAUUCUGAGCUGAUGAUUCUGAAAAGAUUUGAAACUAUUUUAAGCUUCUGCUUUUUUCUGCUUUAUUGCACGCAUAGAGUAUUUCCUUAUAAUCAUCCAAAACACUUGUGUGUGUUUGUUUAUCGUUGUUCAUGCACAUUAAAAGUACAUCAAAUUAAUUCUAUUUGUUCACGUAGGGAGAAUUAAUUAUUCAAAAAUGUAUAAAUCUCCUUUCGAAAGUUUUUAGUGGGAGUUGUUAAAAGAGUACGUUUUCAGACUAAAGUCUAUGGAGAAACAGAAGUUCAAUUUGACGCCACUGUUUCAAAUGUAGAAAUGUAUAACCACUUGAAGAUA